UAUAAUGAUAAACACGAUAUGUACAACAAGAUGUUUAUUUCUGUCAACCUACGUGAAAUUCAACAUUAAAGCGAGUGUAUCAUCUGGUAUAAAAUAUUUCUGGUUAAAAUAAUAAGUCAGAAGGUUUACAACGGAUGGAUUUGAGAAUGGAUUUUAAGAUUCUUUUUGUUAAUCCGAUGACAGUAGUCAUUAAUCUGUUACUGCUUUCACCAAUCACAGAUGCAAUUUGUAUACUGCCUCCAGAACUCAGGAAUACGGCAUGGAUUUAUAACUAUACCAAACCAGAUGAUAACCAACCGGUAACAACAACACUUACAAUUCGGACUACAGUUUUAGCAGAUUCAUCAAUAAAUUUAGAUGCACGUGGAACGACAAUUGACGAUUGGACUUGCAUAUCUAGCUUAACAUUGUCAGAUACAGAAUCUGUUGCUGUUUUUAAGAGCGAUACCACCUAUUCUGAAGGGCCAUUUACAGGUAGUAGACGGUUAUAUCUUUGUAUGAAAUUCACAAAGGUCACUGACAACUUGUUUUACUUCUACUUAUUAUCAGAUGUGGAUAAUACUCUUACGCCAAAUGAAAGGGCAUUUAAUCCACCAGCAAACAGUCAACCAAGUGAUUCUGACCCACUGUGUAGUACGUUUUGUCAAUAUACAUCUGAACCAAAAAUACGCACGCUGCAAAGGACAGGUACUACCGAUGUUGUGCCAGGUGACGCAGCUUUGUGUACGCCUUGUGAAAGUCCAUGUGAAGAACGAGUAGUAGCUUGUCCAGACCUUAGGCUUACUUCAGUAAAUUUCACUACUAUAACAAACAAUAGUGGUAUAAACUACCAAGACAAUAUAACUUAUGCUUGUAUCACCGGCUAUGAAUUGAAGUCUGGUAACCUAACUCGUGAAUGUUUGGCUAAUGAAAGCUGGAGUGGCAGUCCUCCAGUCUGCGAGAUAGUAUCUUGUCCAGACCUUGCUCUAGUAAACUUCGCUACUAUAACUGCUGAGACUGGUAAAAACUACCAAGACAAUAUAACUUACGCUUGUAACAAAGGUUAUGAAUUGAAGUCUGGUGACCUGACUCGUCAAUGUCAGGAUGAUAAAGCCUGGAGCGGAAGUCCUCCAGUCUGCGAGAUAGUAUCUUGUCCAGACCUUGCUCCAGUAAACUUCGCCACUAUAACUGCUGAGACUGGUAAAAACUACCAAGACACAAUAACUUACGCUUGUAACAGAGGCUAUGAAUUGAAGUCUGGUGACCUUACUCGUCAAUGUCAGGAUGAUAAAGCCUGGAGUGGAAAUCCUCCAGUCUGCGAGGUAGUAUCUUGUCCAGAUCUUGCUCCAGUAAACUUCGCCACUAUAACUGCUGAGACUGGUAAAAACUACCAAGACCAUAUAACUUACGCUUGUAACAAAGGUUAUGAAUUGAAGUCUGGUGACCUGACUCGUCAAUGUCAGGAUGAUAAAGCCUGGAGUGGAAGUCCUCCAUUCUGCGAGAUAGUAUCUUGUCCAGACCUUGCUCUAGUAAACUUCGCCACUAUAACUGCUGAGACGGGUAAAAACUACCAAGGCACCAUAACUUACGCUUGUAACAGAGGCUAUGAAUUGAAGUCUGGCAACCUGAUUCGUCAAUGUCAGGAUGAUAAAGCCUGGAGCGGAAGUCCUCCAGUCUGCGAGGUAGUAUCUUGUCCAGACCUUGCUCUAGUAAACUUCGCCACUAUAACUGCUGAGACGGGUAAAAACUACCAAGGCACAAUAACUUACGCUUGUAACAGAGGCUAUGAAUUGAAGUCUGGUGACCUUACUCGUCAAUGUCAGGAUGAUAAAGCCUGGAGUGGAAAUCCUCCAGUCUGCGAGGCAGUAGUUUGUCCAGACCUUAGGAUUGAGCCAAUAAAUUUCGCUACUAUAACUGCUACGACUGGUACAAGCUACCAAGACAAAGUAACUUAUGCUUGUAUCACUAACUAUGUAUUGAAGUCUGGUGACCUGACACGUCAAUGUUUUGCCGAUAAAACCUGGAGUGGAAGUCCUCCAGUCUGCGAGGUAGUAUCUUGUCCAGACCUUGCUCCAGUAAACUCCGCCACUAUAACUGCUGAGACUGGUAAAAACUACCAAGACAAUAUAACUUACGCUUGUAACAAAGGUUAUGAAUUGAAGUCUGGUGACCUGACUCGUCAAUGUCAGGAUGAUAAAGCCUGGAGUGGAAGUCCUCCAGUCUGCGAGAUAGUAUCGUGUCCAGACCUUGCUCCAGUAAACUUCGCCACUAUAACUGCUGAGACUGGUAAAAACUACCAAGGCACAAUAACUUAUGCUUGUAACAAAGGCUAUGAAUUGAAGUCUGGCAACUUGAUUCGUCAAUGUCAGGAUGAUAAAGCCUGGAGCGGAAGUCCUCCAGUCUGCGAGGUUGUAUCUUGUCCAGACCUUGCUCUAGUAAACUUCGCCACUAUAACUGCUGAGACUGGUAAAAACUACCAAAGCACAAUAACUUACGCUUGUAACAGAGGCUAUGAAUUGAAGUCUGGCAACCUGAUUCGUCAAUGUCAGGAUGAUAAAGCCUGGAGUGGACGUCCUCCAGUCUGCGAGGUAGUAUCUUGUCCAGACCUUGCUCUAGUAAACUUCGCUACUAUAACUGAUGAGACUGGUAAAAACUACCAAGAUACAAUAACUUACGAUUGUAACAGAGGCUAUGAAUUGAAGUCUGGUGACCUGACUCGUCAAUGUCAGGAUGAUAAAGCCUGGAGUGGACGUCCUCCAGUCUGCGAGAUAGUAUCUUGUCCAGACCUUGCUCUAGUAAACUUCGCCACUAUAACUGCUGAGACGGGUAAAAACUACCAAGGCAAAAUAACUUACGCUUGUAACAGAGGCUAUGAAUUGAAGUCUGGUGACCUGACUCGUCAAUGUCAGGAUGAUAAAGCCUGGAGUGGACGUCCUCCAGUCUGCGUCCGUAUCAUCAAACCUACUAGGUGUCAAGGGCACCGUAGAAGGAGGAGGAGAUGAGUACACUUGAAUACGAGAAGACUAUGAUGCAGUAUUCCUGUAUCUGUUGAAGAUGCAUUUUUUUAAAUGCUAUCAAAAUGAAACCACAAUAAAAUUGAUAUGAACAUUA